AUGGAAGAGCGCGCUAAGAAGGAGGCGCUACUGGAGACGCGCAGGCUGGAACUUGAAGCUGCGCAAAGCUAUUUCAGCAGCGCUGACGCAUGUUCCGAGCAAGACGUAGUCCACCUCGUUUCCAACCUAAAUGCGGAGAUCUUCCAGGUAGUUAGGACAAUUUCGGAUGCAUUUCGAGCGACCAAGCGCCCUACCUUGGACGAAAAAACAAGGAAGACGCUCAAGUCAUUAAUUGGCUCGUCCAUGAUGCAGUGCCUAUUGUCUUUCCCUCACCGCAAUGACACCGUGGUUCUGGAAAUGGCUCUUCAAUUUGCCAUGGUCGCCUUCAUCGAGAGAGCCGUAUCAGCAUGGGAUAUGAGCAUCUGGAAGCAUGGCGCGUUCGCAAGUGUAUAUGAUCAGAUGCUCGGAGCUGAGUGCCAAACAGUAACAGGCAGAUGGCGUGCACUGGCGCGUCAGCACGCCCCCGAAAGAGAGCGGUGGAAGGGGAUCAUAGAAAAUGAUCUCUCAUACUUUUCCACAAGCAUACUCUUGGCCGCAGGUGGCAAUGGGAGCAUUCCACAGUCCGUGAAAGAAAGCCUGGUCGUCAUCGCAUGUAUGGCAUCUCAGCUUCGGAAGAUGAUCGGAGAGGACAUCGUUGGAAGUAACUAUCAGGUGACGGUCGGCCGUCCGGGAGACGAGUUUUCACCCAACGCGAUGGAGGAUAGCUGCGCGGUCAAAGGAAAACCUCCCAAGACAGGCGUGCGCGUCUUCUGUCCAUCGGAGCUCGGCUUGCGACGCAUCGAGAAGGGUGACUCUGGUGCAGCGGACAUCCGUGCAGUGACUUUGGUGAGGUCGAAAGUAAUCUUGGAGGAUUUCGCAGACGAGCUGGGACUGCGGGAGAUCUUGCGAUGUGCGGAUAAGAAGUAG